AUGGAGGAAACCGAGACUUUCACCCUCUUACCAUUACAAAUCGAUCCACAAUCCAAACUCAUAUCUGCCUCCUCCAACUCACGCGCCCUCAAAGAAGAACUAGAAACACUCAACGACCUGCACCGAGCCCUCCUCAAAAUCGAUUCUCCCAUCCCACCUCCACCCGUCCCCGUCAAUCCCAAACUCUCCGCCAACAUCACCAAACUGCGCGAAUCCGGCAACGGCGAAUUUCGCAAGGGCAAACAUGGAGAUGCGAUUCAAAUGUAUACACUCGGGUUGCAAAUGGCAUUGAAGAGACCGCUAUGGGAACCUGCUGGGUUGGUGAGAGAUGAGGUAGCAGGUCUGUAUGCGAAUAGAGCGCAGGCGCAUAUGGCGUUACAGAAUUGGGUCGAGGGGGCUAUGGAUGCGGAGAGUAGUGUGGAGGCGAAGAGGGUAGGGAAUUCUAAGGCUUGGUGGAGGAGGGGAAGGUGUUUGAUGGAGAUGGGGAGGUUGGAGGAGGCGAGGGAGUGGGUGGGACGGGGUUUGGAGAUGGAGAAUAAUGAGGUCGAUUUGGUGGCUUUGUUGAAGGAGAUUGAGGCCAAAGGAAAGAAGCCGUUGAAUGUUUAA